UCUCCCAUCAAAAUUUUUUAUUUGAAUUUUCUUCAAUUUCUCGCAAACCAAACACUCUUUGUUCAUCACCAAAUUAUCCUACCGAUGGCUCGUACCAAGCAAACAGCUAGGAAAUCGACCGGCGGCAAGGCUCCCCGUAAGCAGCUAGCCACAAAGGCCGCUCGUAAAUCAGCACCGGCAACCGGAGGAGUGAAGAAGCCUCACCGUUUCAGGCCAGGAACUGUGGCUUUGAGAGAAAUCAGGAAGUACCAGAAGAGCACUGAACUGUUGAUCAGGAAGCUUCCUUUCCAGAGGCUGGUGAGAGAAAUCGCUCAAGAUUUCAAGACGGAUUUGAGGUUCCAAAGCAGUGCCGUCGCCGCUCUUCAAGAAGCUGCUGAGGCUUAUCUUGUUGGACUGUUUGAAGACACUAAUCUCUGUGCCAUUCAUGCUAAAAGGGUUACAAUCAUGCCCAAGGAUAUCCAGCUUGCUAGGAGGAUUAGAGGAGAGAGGGCGUAGGUUAGUUGUUUUUAGUUGAUUAAUUAGUGUCUAAACUUAGAGCAGAUCUAAGCUUUGGUUUCAAUUUGUUGAAUUUGCUUUUUGAGCAAAAUGCUGAUGUAAUUAGGUGGAGUUUUAAUGGAUGCUUUAUAUUUUUGUUGGUUAACAUUGGCCUUUGUGUUGCUUUGCUCUGAUUAAUAUGGUUCUGUCUUUGGACAACAUGCUGUAUGAUAGAGAGCUUGUGGCUAUGAUUGGAACAAACAAGACCAUCGUCGG